AUGGCAACAUCACGAGCAUUGGGUCUCACGCGCUCCAAAUUAUUAUCGACGAUAUCUCUUCUGCUAAGCACAGCACCCAGUGCAUCGCAGCAGCUGUAUCACAGCAAAGCCUUCCUUGUGAUUUCUCGAGCCCUUCUUCAGAUACAAAUUAAACUGUAUUAUUAUUUGGCGAGUGAUUUUUUGUCGAGCGCGAAUUUGAUGCUUCCUUUGCAACGUUGCGCCACUGUCGUUGAAGUUCUUCACGCCGUCAAAAUGAGUGACAUUGUAACAAUCCGAGCACAUUUGCUAACGUUUGUUUCGCGAAUGAUUUGUAUGGUGGAUUCGAAGGAGAGCGAACUGAAUCGCGACAACGAAUUCAAUGCCCUGCUCAAUUUCAUUGCCACCGUACAUGAAGUAAGUAUCGGUUAUAUCGACGCCUUUCUUGGAAUUGACCACAGGGCGUUUCAGCAUUUUCUGUAA